AUGUCUUCAGUGACUCAAAUGACGUUGACAUCUAUGUGGUUGGAGGUCCUCGCAUAUGGGCGACAAGCAGAAGAAAGAUUGAAAUACUCAAGUAGACUCCUUCUUUUUGCAAGCACAUUCCUAUUCACGACAGCCACCGUACAUAUGACACUAUCUUUCCUGCAAUUACUGAAGGCAUUCACGGAUUCCGCGAUCAUUUCCAAGCCUCGUGGCACAGAUGUCUACCUUGCUUCUAAUUCGUUGCUCGUCACUAAUGAUAUAUUGUAUGUCAUUAACGUUUUUGCGCAAGAUCUCCUUUUGAUAUGGAAACUGCAUGUUGUCUUGAAUCACAGAUGGAGAGUUUGCAUCCUACCGUUGUUUCUUUUGAUUGCCAAUGUUGGUAAAGGAAAAAAUUAUGUUGGCCGUUCAGACUACAAGAGUGCUAUCCGGCUCGUGGUCGAAUCCGGUGCACUAAUGACGAGUUCGGGCAGUGUGGCAGGCCCUAUUGCAAUCAAUGUAGCCGUGCAAGUAAAUACCGCUACGCCUUUGCUUAUUGUCGUGCGUGUCGGGAUGGUUCAUUAUAGAAAUUCUGACAUGCCUACCGCCUCAGACCAUACCCAGUCUACAGUGGCAAUCGACGUCCAUAUCGAUGUCAUGCAGCCGACGGAUCCUCUCACUGCAUAUCCAUUAUUUGACCCUCACUUGACUCAAAAGGCAUUAAUAGACACCAACGGCAGGAAUAAUAUCAUAGAUCUGGGUCAAUCUCUGCUGUCACCGUGGCCUUUUCAAAUUGUAGAGUUGUGUUCCUGGUACCGUCAGGUCUCCGCA